AUGGCGGUCUCAAGAGUUGCAAUCGAUCUUCUUGGCGUGGAGGAAGUCUCGAAUGGUAGGCGAUCAAUCUUUCUGACUCUAGCCAACGAGCUUGUUGACUUGGAACAUCCGCCACCAAGUCUCGUGCUCGCGGCGCCUGAGCUGGCGCCAAGGCAGGAGGUGUUUUGGAUGCUUGCACCAUCCAAGUUCAACCUCCCGUUUCGUAUUAAUCUGCCGCUAGAUGUUGGUCCCGCGCCAUUUGUGUCCCGUCACGCGCGCAUUCGGUAUAUACUAUGCGCGACAAUGUUGAUAAAGGAUGCGGAAAGACAGUAUUUUGUUCGCAAGUCUAUUGAUGUAGGCUUGUUGUCAGUUUUUGAUCCAGAGAAGACCCUAAUCGCACUUCCAAGUCCCCUUAGUGCCUCUGACGAAACCAUUGCUCGUCGAUCACAUCCCUCUGAGAAGAUACAACUCACAGCAGCUUUACAUCGUCAGGUCUGGAUCAGUGGCACGAGUAUUUUCGUGGACGUGCACAUCGUUAAUCGGACCCAUAAAUGGAUCAAAAAACUCGACAUUGAGCUGCAGAGAAAUAUUUCAUUUUAUAAAAAUACUCCGGCUAGCACGCUUGAUAAGACCGUGCAUCAUCUGCGGGCAUCGGACUUCACUGAAAAGGAGAUAGCUGCUCGAGGAACGAUCAAAAAAGGUUGGAAAGGCGUAGCACCUCUGACCAACGAGCUGCGAACGUGCGAGCUUGAAGUACCUAGAGGGCAUUCCACUGUGAAAUCCGGUCGCUACUUUGAGGUUCGGUAUUUUCUAAAUGUCCUUGCUCGCUCCAAAUUCUCGAAGCUAUUGAUGGUCCAACUACCGGUCAUCAUUAUUCACAUGAAUACUCUGGAUGUCAUUCCAAAUUCUAUCAAUCAGGUGGUGGCGGCGAUUGAAGACAAUUCCGGUGACAUAUAUCAGCAUGAGCAGCCACCAUUACGGAAACACAGCUCGCGGUCCGUGAUCCCUGGGCGCGCUUUCUCAGCGCCCCGAAAGCAAUCUCUAUCCCGCCUGCAAGUGCAACAGCGGCAACAAAAAGAAGACAUUGCCGAGCUCACUCGGAUCCUUGACAGUAACCCUCAAAAAGCACCGCCUCGUACCCGCAGCUUUGUCGAUACUUAUGUUCCCAUUAUGGGUGAUUGGAAGAAGACACUGAAUACCACAGAAGGAGUCCCUCUUGUUCGCCGGACUCUUCGGCGAGCUUCCUCGAACGAACCUCCAGCAAGAAGAGCACAGAGUGGAGCAUCAGCUCUUGGUAUCAAUUACCUAGAUGAGACCGAAAAGGCUCACGGCGCGAGACGAGCAUCCACUAGUCUCAUCCGGAGAGGAUUGGGCUGGCCAGGAACUCCUAGAGACGAGAGCAACAUCUAUGCUUCCCGCCGUUAGUCUGGGAAUCAAUCUGCUGAAGAACGAGACGGUUCACAGUUCUCUUUUUAUUUCUGCCAUUUUCUUGCAUUCCAAGAACUGUUCACUUCUUCAUGUUAAGAUUUUACUCGAAAAUUUUCGUGCUCCACUACUCCAUCUACGGAUGCCUUUUUCCCUCAUCAUCUAAUUUCCCCGUCUUUACGCAAUGACAUCCCUCUUGCUUCUCAUAUCUUAUAUUAUCUACAACGUGCACAUACAACACUCUGUUUCUUCGCCCGUAUAACAUUGCAUUGAUACCCAGGCGCAUCCAAUUAUUAGACCUAUUUCUCGUCGAUCCAGCCCUCUGGCUGGUACUGUAACUUUUUACUUUUACUUUACAUUGUCCGUGC